GAGUAUCCAGCCAAUGAAGAAACGGGAGGGACUUGCAGUUAGGUUUAGGGAGUAAAUACUGGUAAAUGUAUUGUUCUGGGUGCCAACCCCCACAUUUGGUUGGACGCCAGUUCUUGCAAGAGCGCGAAUAAAUUCUUUUCUACUCCACAAUCAGGUGAGGUUUGUUCCUUUUUAGGAACUGUGCUUGUUUCUCACACUCCGGAGCUGGUCAGUGAAGCCCUGGGUGGUAAAGGGAGAACCCAGAGGACCAAAUCCUGCUGGGUGAGGGCAGGGAGGCGUGUCCUCAGUUCUGGAUUCCACUUUCACCUCCUGUGGGAUUGAGCAUAACUGGGGAGGCAGAGAGCUGUGUGAGCUGGACACUCUUCCUCCAGGCACUGCUCCCAGGCCGUGGUCAGUGGGCCCGGGUGGGGAGCGAGGGAAUGCCAGGUACUCACAAGCAAAUACAUAGUAAUUUCUGGAAAAACUGCAAAAAAAAACCAAACAGGUUUUUGUGGGUCCUGGUACCCCUACCCCCCACCUCACAAAGGUCCUAUGACUCCCCUCCUUGCUAUUGUUAACAGCCCUGCAGAGCUGCUGGUCACAAAGUCUCCACGUCAGUCUUCACGGCUAUAAUAACGGGCUCCCGGGGCGUGAGGGGCGGCAAACAGGCAGCCGGCGACGGGUUCCCAGAGCCAGCAGCUAUUCCUGUUUGUGCGUGAGGGUCAGGUGUGGGGCGAGCAGCGAGCGGGUCUAGGUCAAAGGCGCAGGGGCGGCGGCCCGUUGGCACCGGCGGAGGCAGCGCCUGGACGUGGCCGUGGUGGCCGCAUGAGCCCAGCCCCGGGCUCCAAUUGCGCGGUUGCCAGGGAGGAAAGCGAGAUGAGGAGCCGCGACCCCUGGGCGCCCUUCUGGGUGCUGCUGCUGCUUCUCCUGCAGCCGCAAAUACCUGGCGCGGGGGGUAGACCCCUCCAUGUUCGGGGCGGGAGGAGCAUUUGGGGUCAAAACACAGAGAAUUUGCAGCAGUGCAAGCCGUCCUACCACCUCUACUUCGUCGUGGGAAACACCCACCAAGAGCCACCUCUCCCCAUCUGCCUGGGACUGUCUUGGUUUCAGCACUGGAAGUUCCAGGUCCAGGAAGCUCCUAGAACCUGGGUCCAGCCAGAUGAGAUACAAUUGGCGGGACACCCGGAUCUCAUGAUGUCCAUCAUAACUGUCUCCAAAAGGGUCAACGUCCUCAUGCUGCCCACAGCAGAUGAAGAAACUAUUAAGUCAGCUACUCAGAAACUUCAGUAUGAAGUUGCUGAUGGGCAGCUAAACGUGGAUGAAGGGAUUAAAAAGGCAAACGAGAUGAUCACUAGAGCCAACUCUGGAGCUAAGAAGGUUUUCAGCGUAAUGAUCAUUUUGAUUGGGUCACCCAUCCCUGAGGCGAAGUAUCAGCUGGCUCUGGAGGAAGCUAAAAAUGCUCGGAAGAUGGGGACAGUUAUGUUUGGUGUGGGUAUUAAUCAAUAUCAGAAAUUUCAGCUUGACAAAAUCGUUGACAGCAGUGAGCACAUUUUUGGGCAGCAAGGGACUGCGAGAAAUCUGCCAAGCUACAUUCCCAAGCUCCUGGAGAAGCUGUGCAUUAGGCUGGACUCUCUGGAGCCUUCUAGUGUGUGUAUGGGAGAAAGUCCUGAUGUGAGAGUUCACGGAAAUGGCUUUUUGACUGCAGUAACAACGGAGAGUGUUAUCUGCAAAUUUAAGUUCAGCAGAACCAACAUCGAUGAGAAAAAAGCACUCUCUGUUGAAAAUAACGUUAUAACUUGCCCUGGAGUACAACCACAGGUAGUCGGAAAGGCCAUCUCUGUUGAAAUCAGCCUGAACGGAGGCAUGCACUUCUUUAGCAACAACCUCAAAGUCACUGGAAAGCAGUGUGGCCCCAGAGCCGACCCCUCCAGGUCAGGGUCCAGGGCCCAGGGCUCCAGUAGGGGCCCCCGCUGAACCUGCCUCCCAAGCUGUGCAGAGCCAUGAGCUGGUGCCCCUGCCAUGGCCCGGCUCUCGCCCACCUCCCGGGCCUAUGUGGUCCACACCCGCUGCCAUCGUGCAGAUGUGCCCGGCUCCUCCUCUCCCGGGCUCCUCAGCCACCCCCCUCUGCUCACUGUCCCUGAGCCCUGCAGGAAGGUUCUCCCCUGCGCUGGACGGGGGGCUCAGCAGGUCAGAGGGAAGGGACUUGGGCUUGGCUCUGGAGAAGGUGCCCAGGCAGGAAGGGGCUCCCACUGGGGUCAGCCAUCCAGAGCUCAUGUCCAGUGGGCAUCUCGUACCUGGGCAGCUGACCUUGGGUGGGGGAAUGUGAGGCUGGGGUGAGUGGGUAGAGGACAGGGGGUCUGAUGCCAUUGCCCUGGGUCUGGGACCAACCCUGGGGACACAAAGAACAGCUAACAAUUCCUGGCCUGCACACAGACCCCCGUGCCUCCCUCGCUAAUCCCUGUUCACCUGCUCACAGACCAGCAAACUGCAUCCCCACCCCUGCCCAGCAGGACCCCCCCAGCCUGCCCUGGACCCGCACCUGCACAGAGGCAGGGGUCACCCUGGGGAUGGGGCUCCCGGGGCUCUCCCUGCAGGCAGCGUGCCUCCGGAGAGGGCUUCCCUGCCUCUCACCCCUGGCGGGCAGCCCCAAGCCCCUGAUGGGGAAUAACCACAUUGAGAAGCCUGCCCCUUCCUGAGCCCCCCACACCCUGGCUCAGCAUCUGCUUCCUGUGGACCCUCCCUCAGCCUCCCACAAGCCCUCCAGGCAGGGCCGGCCUCUUCCCCAGGGAGGGAGGGACCCUGAGGCUCAGUGGGCCUGAGGAGCAUCACCCAAGGCUGCAGAGCCAGGAGGGGCUAUGGGACAUGGGGAGAGGACCCGCUGUCUGUGCCAGGCCUCUCAGCUGCCUCCAGCCGCCUGUCCCUCACCCAUCUGUGUCCCUGUACCUUUUGUGUCCUCACAAUCCUCUCCACUGUCAGCCGAGGUGUACACUUGGGGUUGGGUCCUUUAGCUCGUCCUGCAGGGCUCUGGGGCAGGUGCUUGGAGCAGGGCCAGAGGCAGUGUCCACUAUCUGGGGCACCCGGCCCUCACCUCCUAGACCCCGGUGGUCCCUCGAGGUGGGCAGCCUGAGGAGAA